CCGGAGCCAAGAUGGCGGCGCGGUGCUCCUCACGCUGGGUGCUCGUGGCUGUGGGGACCCCCCGGCUGCCGGCUGCAGCGGGGAGAGGGGCCCGGCCGCCCAGGGAGGGUGUGGUGGGGACGUCACUGGGCCGCAAACUGAGCGUCACCGCCUUCGCGCCUCCGCUGGGAGCUCGAGGCCCAGGGGCGCUGCUGACAUUGAGACCCGGUGUCAGCCGCACAGGAGUAAACAGUUACCCUUUUGUUUGUACUGCCUCCUUCCACACGAGCAGCCCUUUGGCCAAAGAGGAUUAUUACCAGAUAUUGGGAGUGCCCCGAAAUGCCAGCCAGAAAGAGAUCAAGAAAGCCUAUUACCAGCUUGCCAAGAAGUAUCACCCAGACACAAAUAAGGAUGAUCCCAAAGCCAAGGAGAAGUUCUCCCAGCUGGCAGAAGCCUACGAGGUGCUGAGCGAUGAAGUGAAGAGAAAGCAGUAUGAUGCCUACGGCUCAGCUGGCUUUGACGCUGGGGCCAGCAGCUCCGGGCACAGCUAUUGGAGGGGAGGCCCCACUGUCGACCCCGAGGAGCUAUUCAGGAAGAUCUUUGGGGAGUUCUCAUCAUCAUCAUCAUUUGGAGAUUUCCAGAGUGUAUUUGAUCCGCCUCAGGAGUACAUCAUGGACUUGACAUUCAAUCAAGCUGCCAAGGGGGUCAACAAGGAGUUCACCGUGAACAUCACCGACACCUGCGAGCGGUGUGACGGCAAAGGGAACGAGCCUGGCACCAAGGCACAGCACUGCCACUACUGCGGCGGCUCUGGGAUGGAAACCAUAAACACGGGCCCGUUUGUGAUGCGCUCCACCUGUCGGAGGUGUGGUGGCCGAGGCUCCAUCAUCACGUCCCCAUGCGUGGUCUGCAGAGGAACAGGACAGGCCAAGCAGAAGAAGAGAGUGGUGAUCCCCGUGCCUGCCGGAGUGGAGGAUGGCCAGACCGUGAGGAUGCCCGUGGGCAAGAGAGAGAUCUUCGUCACCUUCAGGGUGCAGAAAAGCCCCGUGUUCAGGAGAGACGGUGCCGACAUCCAUUCCGACCUCUUCAUCUCUGUAGCUCAAGCCAUCCUGGGUGGGACAGCCAGAGCCCAGGGCCUGUACGAGACCAUCAGUGUGACAAUCCCCCCCGGGACUCAGACAGACCAGAAGAUUCGGAUGAGUGGGAAAGGCAUCCCCCGGAUUAACAGCUACGGCUACGGCGAUCACUAUAUCCACAUCAAGAUCAGAAUUCCAAAGAGACUGACAAGCCGGCAGCAGAGCCUGCUCCUGAGCUAUGCUGAGGAUGAGACGGACGUGGAGGGGACGGUGAACGGCGUCACCAACACCAGCGCUGGUGGCAGCACCAUGGAUAGCUCUGCAGGAGGCGAGGCUAGGCGCGAGGCUGGGGAGGACAAGGAGGGAUUCCUUUCCAAACUUAAGAAAAUGUUUACCUCCUGAUAGCCCAGCCGAGGAAAACGGUCCACUGGAAACUAGUCUGGAAGCAGCCGCCACUCCUCACGGCCUCGACGGCAGGAGGCUCAGCACAGAGCUGGAGCCCCUGCCUGCAGAGGCCCCGACCACCUCAGCAACAGCAAGACCACAACAGCACCUCUCCCUGGAAAGGGGCUCCGUGGAUGGCCCCCAGGCCGUAAGAUAUAGAACCUGUAAGGUUUCCUGUCCACGGUUGGUGGCUUGGCUUCUGGUUCAGGGCAGAGUAAGACAGAUGGACACUUGUGGCAGAGCUACAACUCUGGGAGGGGAUGUGGUGGAGUUCUUGGCUAAAGAAUUAAAGGCCAUGUUCAGCUGAAAGAUGAACCCUGAGCUGCGCCGAGUCGUGAGUUGAUUGGUUUUUCCUUCACAAACUUCUGAGGAGUCCCCCGAAUGAGUCUCCCCCGACAGGCUGCCUUCCCUGGAACCUGCCCUGCAUGCCCCCAGCCUUGCACCCCUGCCCACAGGCUCUGCUGGGCAUCACUCACAAAAUUCCCAAAGGUACCAAGCAGCUUGAACGUGGGGGCUCUAGGGGCCUGGGGGAGGCACACAGGAAGGCCCAGAGGGUCCUGGAGAUCUAGCUUCCCGCCCAUGUGGGUGGUGGUCUCUGUCAGGACAGACAGCCUUCCUCCCCACCUGCCCAUGAUGUCCUGUCCUGAAAGUCGACUUCUGCUGCUUUAGGACAAGAGUGCAUGGGGGCCUGGCCCUCUGCUCAGCCACAGUCCGCCGCAGUCUGCUGCCCGCAGCCCUGUUCUGGGGCCAAGUUCAGCGGCCUCAUUAACACUGAGCCACCUCUGCCAGCCGAGGUCUUGUCCCACCACUUACACUGUUGACAUUUACUUUCAGGAGUGUCUUUAAAUAUUCAGUGCAAAGAACCACUGUCUGUUCCUGUAAAAAUGUUUGUUCGAAACAGAAAAGCAGUCUAGGCAGGCCGAGGCUCCCACGACGGCUUUGUUGGAUGUCACAGCUUCCAUGUGUCUCAGAUCUCCCAACUAUAGUCAGACAGGUUAAUGAAGAACAUUUCUCAAUAGUUUAGUUUUUCUUCCUCUAUAAUUUACUAAAAUAAAGCAUCUACUAGUGUCCGAUUUAAGAAUGUAAAAUGAAUCUCUAUCAAUGUAAAUAAGAUUAUCUACUGCAAAAAGAUAUUUAAAACCUAAAUUGUGGUCAUUUCUUCCUUGCGAGAGUCCAGACACCUUCUGCAGGUGACUUCGCCUGAUGACUGAUGUUCACUUGUGAUGGGGCCACCCAGCCUCUGCUGCUGGGGUCAUCUCUGCCUUCCUCGGGCAGCCAGAGAGCGAACGAGUCUGCCUCAUCACUCGGCAUGCCCCGCUGAGCCCG